AUGGCGCGGGAAGAGCCUCUGCUGGCUCCGCGCCCAUCCUCCGACCGCUCCUCCAUCCGUAAUGCGGAAGAGGAGGAUGCCCUCCUCACCGGCGAACGGAUCACUCGCCCUGAUGAACGACGACGGGGCUGGGCCGUCUGGCGAGAGAUUGGACUCGUCGCCUGGGCGCUCAUUGCCACGAUCGCAGUAGUCGUUCUCGCAGUGGUAUACCAGCACGAAACGACCAAAAGCCACAGUCAGUCUAAAUUGUGGGGUCCUGGCGGCAAGCCGUCCGGGAAACGUAACUUGAUCUUCAUGGUCUCGGACGGCAUGGGACCGACCAGUCUCUCGAUGACGAGGAGUUUCAGACAACUGACAGACGGCCUACCCAUUGAUGAGAUUUUGGUCCUAGACCAGCACCACAUCGGGACGUCGCGGACCCGCUCAAGCUCCAGCUUGGUGACUGACUCCGCGGCUGGAGCGACGGCUUUCUCCUGCGGACACAAGAGCUACAAUGGUGCCAUCUCAGUACUCCCAGACCACUCUCCCUGCGGGACCGUGCUGGAGGCUGCUGCGCUGGCGGGAUACAAGACCGGGUUGGUGGUGACGACGCGCAUCACAGACGCAACGCCAGCGUGCUUUGCCUCGCAUGCCAACAUGCGAAGCUACGAAGAUAGCAUCGCCGAACAAGAAAUUGGCGAACACCCACUUGGACGCGUGGUGGACCUCAUGCUCGGUGGCGGGAGAUGCCAUUUCCUGCCCAAUUCCACGGACGGAAGCUGUCGGGGCGACGAUCGCGAUCUGGUUUCCGCUGCGGCGGAAAAUGGGUUCCACUAUAUGCAGGACCGUGCUGGGUUCGAUGCGCUCAAUGGUGGGACCGAGGCUAAACUGCCCCUGCUGGGUCUCUUUGCUGAGAAGGAUAUUCCAUACGAGAUUGAUCGUCGCUCUCAGAGCGAGGUGUAUCCGUCUCUUGAGGAGAUGGCUCGUACGGCGCUCACCAUGCUUAGCAAGGCCACUGAAGACAGUGAGCAGGGAUUCUUCCUCAUGAUCGAAGGCUCGCGGAUUGAUCACGCCGGACACGGCAAUGACCCUGCUGCGCAAGUGCACGAGGUCCUAGCGUACGAUAAGGCCUUUACUGCCGUCCUGGACUUCUUGGACGAAAGUUCAACACCGGGCGUGCUGGUCAGCACAUCCGACCACGAGACUGGUGGUUUGUCCGCUGCGAAACAGCUGCACAAGAGCUACCCAGAGUACCUGUGGCUUCCCGGCGUGCUAGCUAACGCGAGUCACUCGAGCGAGUAUCUCCACGCCCAGCUGAAUGAAUACCUGUCUGGCCCGGGCAAGGGUGACGACGAGGCAAAGCAGCAGACCUAUAUUCGGCAAACCCUGCUGGAGAAAGGACUUGGUAUCACCGAUGCCACUGAUACAGAGGUGGACGCCUUGCUCCACGCAGACGCACUAGCUCCGCCGCAGUAUGUCUUUGCAGAUAUGAUUAGCCGCCGAGCCCAGAUCGGCUGGUCUACCCACGGCCACUCUGCCGUCGACGUCAACAUCUACGCUUCCUCUUCCAAAGACGCCUGGCAGCUCGUAGGCAAUCAUGAAAACACCGACGUCGGCUCAUUCCUUGCCAGCUACCUGGAUCUCGAUAUCAGUAGCGUCACGAAGCGCCUCCAGUCCUCCGCAUACUGGUCUCCGGAUGCAUCCACACAGGAUGUCUCAACAGAGGCGUUUAGCUGGAUGGGCAAUCCUCUCGGCGCUGAGGUUCGGACGGAUGGCCUGGACACGUACCAUGGAGACUUUAGGAAGCGGGAACUUGGGGAGUGUGGCUGCGGUGGAGUGCAUUGA